CUACUUUUGAGAACACUCACUGUUGUACUCUUCUCUCACGCAGCUCACUCCUCUCCCGUCUGUCCACAAGGAGUCUUUAAGUAUCACCUGCUGCAACAAUGUCGAAAGAUGUACCACGCGAGCCAGAGCAGCUUCGCAAGCUGUUCAUUGGAGGGCUGAGCUUCGAGACUACAGAUGAAAGCCUGAGGGCUCAUUUUGAGCAAUGGGGGAGCCUUACAGACUGUGUGGUCAUGAGGGACCCCAAUUCCAAAAGGUCCAGGGGCUUUGGCUUUGUUACAUACUCCUCCGUUGAUGAGGUUGAUGCUGCAAUGACUGCCCGCCCCCACAAGGUUGAUGGAAGAGUGGUUGAACCCAAACGGGCUGUUUCCAGAGAGGACUCAAACCGACCAGGAGCCCAUGUGACCGUAAAAAAGAUAUUUGUUGGUGGCAUCAAAGAAGACACAGAGGAGUCCCACUUGAGAGAUUACUUUUCUCAGUUUGGCAAAAUCGAGGUCAUUGAUAUCAUGACCGACCGUAACUCUGGAAAGAAGAGGGGCUUUGCCUUCGUGACGUUUGAUGAUCAUGAUUCAGUCGACAGGAUUGUUAUCCAAAAAUACCACACUAUCAACUCUCACAACUGUGAAGUGAGGAAGGCUCUCACGAGGCAAGAGAUGCAGACAGCAGGAAUGGGUCGCAGCAGCAGCAGUGGAGGAGGCGGAGGUGGAAGGCCCUAUGACUAUGACAGAGGCUUCAGCCCGAGUGGUAGGGGUCGCUAUGGUGAUGGUCCUUACAAUUCCAACGGUGGUGGUGGUGCCAACGAUGGUGGUGGCGGCGGCGGCAGUGGGGGUGGAUAUGGAGGUGGGCCAGGCGGAUACAACAAUGGUGGAAACAGAGGGUAUAACCAAGGAGGUUACAACCAGGGUGGUGGUGGUGGUGGUGGUGGUGGAGGAGGAGGAGGAGGAAGUGGAGGCGGUGGCUAUGGAGGAAAUGGUUAUGACAGCAAUGGCUAUGGUAACUGUGGUGGUGGUGGUGGUGGUAGCGGAGGUGGAGGUGGCGGAAAUAAUUACAACAAUAUGGGCAACUACGACCCCCAGGCCUCCAACUUUGGCCCAAUGAAGAACAACUUUGGUGGUGGCGGUGGCGGCGGCAGUGUUGGAGGAGGUGGAGGAGGAGGAGGAAGGAGCUUUGGCGGUGGCUAUGGAGGUGGCUCAAACAACGGUGGUGGAUAUGGUCGUUCGGCGCGAUUCUGAAUGUGAAGUGGACUGAGUACUUAGGAGAGGAGAGGAGAGCAAGGAGAGGAGAGCAAGAGAAGUGACAGGGCAGCUGCAGGUUUACGUCCUAAAUCUGCUCAGCCAAACAGUUGCGGCAGGUUACAGCUGCUGCAAGAAGAGAUGUACAGUAGAUAAAUCAUGGAGGGUCUUCAUUUAAACGUUUUGUGUUUUUUUUUUUUUAUCGAAAUGUGUAUCUGGAAAGCAAGCAUUCCAAUGAGAUUUUAUGUAGAUUUCUUUUUGAGUCUGGUUUUAUUUGUAUCUGCAAAUCAAGCUGAAAUAAAGCAUCUUUCAGUCUUUUUACAAAGUGUUGUUAGCCUCUUGAGUGGUCUGGGAAAGGGAGGGUUGACUAUUACUGUACACUGUGGGAUGAGGGACAUCAUUUGCAUAUGUGAGGAGCCAAGAAAUAUCCAUGUGAUGUGAGAAGACCUGCAAUAGUAACUACAUACACCAUAAGUCAAUGUGAAGGGAACAUCUACAAUUGUGGUUGAGGAAUGAGGUGGUGCACAAAAUACUUCAUCAUAAAGAGCCCAUCACCUGGUACAGACUACCCUGAGUUCUGCAAAGAUCAACUGGAGGAUGCUAGCUUACAUGCAAAGUCUUUGAGGCUAGUCAUGGAAGCCAGCUGAGGGAGAGAAGUAGCAAAACCAUCGCCAGGAUCAUUGAAGCAGGGGAGAGUGAGAACAGAAGCCUGAGGCUAGCAUGCAGCAGCUACCAAAAGGCAUAAGUGCUGUCUGUAGGAAACUCAACAUGGUGUCCAAAACCCGAUUCCAUUUCUGUGACAAUGGCUCAAUUCAGGCUUCCUGAUCAAUCAUGCUGGAGACUUGUUUGUUUUUUUACACUGAAGACUGCUGUGCAGUGUUUUUAAAUAAAGUAUUUUUACAAGACA